AUGGAACCUGAGAACGCUGAUUCUGCAGACAAAGAACUAAGCUGGGACAUUAAUGAUAUGAAACUGCCACAGAACGUGAAAAAAACAGACUGGUUCCAGGAGUGGCCCGAUGCCUACGAGAAGCACAUCUACAGCUCCGACGACAGGAACGCGCAGCGCCACCUGAGCAGCUGGGCCAUGCGCAACACCAACAACCACAACUCCCGAAUCCUCAAGAAGUCCUGCCUGGGCGUGGUGGUGUGCGGCCGCGACUGCUCGGUCGCCGAGGGCCGCAAGGUCUACCUGAGGCCAGCCAUCUGCGACAAGGCCCGGCAGAAGCAGCAGAGGAAACGCUGCCCCAACUGCGACGGGCCCCUGAAGCUCAUCCCCUGCCGGGGCCACGGGGGCUUUCCCGUCACCAACUUCUGGAGGCACGACGGACGCUUCAUAUUUUUCCAGUCAAAGGGAGAGCAUGACCAUCCAAAGCCAGAAACCAAAUUGGAAGCUGAGGCCAGAAGAGCAGUGAAGAAAACGCACUCAGCGUCUUCCUCAGUCUCCUCGAAGCUGAAACAGAGCCCAGACAUAAAGCCUCUUCCAGGUGAAACACAAAGUUGGGAAAGUUUAACUUGGUCUUUCCAGGAAGCUGUCCAAUUGCCUCCUAGUUACAGCGGACAUGUGAUAGGUUACACUCCCCAGCAGAAGGCAUGGAAUGAAGGCUCAUCCUUCCCCGAGAGCUAUGGUUUGGGGGGUACCUCUGAGCUGGCAAACCUCACUCCCACGCUGGGCCCCCCUCAGCUCUACGACAAAUGGGAUUUGUCCCACAGUCGGGUCUCCAGCAGCGGAGACCUGCUCCAGCCCUCCAUCUCUGGAGUCUUCUCUGAUUACAGUGAUCUGCAGACAUGGAAUAAGAACGUGGCUUUGGGACGAAGUCCUCUGAAUGACAACAGUUGUCCCAGUUACCCUUUUCCUCUGACCAGCUGGCCCUACGACUUCUCCUCUUCCCAGAGCUCUUCAGAACCCUUCCACCAGCCGGUUCCAGUGGAACCACCAGCAGCCAAAUCCAGCUAUCCACCCAUAUGGCCAAAUCAAGGGGGUGAACUUUAUGAAGAGAAGGUGCCUGUGGAUUUUAACAGCUACCACCCUCCCACCACCUGCCAUUCACCCCAGGAAGACCCCGUUCUCCUCACCCACGCCUCUCAGCCUUAUCACCAAUAUGCCCUGCCUGGCAAGAGCAACAAAUGGGAUUUUGAUGAAGACAUGGGGUGCCUGGGUUUGGAUCACUGCAACAAUGAGAUGCUUCUAAACCUCUGUCCUUUAAGAUGA